CACAACAUGAUGGGAGGAGAUGGAGGUAGGGAGUGUGUAUUAAAGCUGUAGUUCUGCUCAGUAACAACCAUUUAUUCAGACACAGGCAGGAUCAGACAGGCAGGAUGGGGCAGGUGGACCUGCUGUGGAUCACUGCUGCUCUUCUGUCUUCACCACUGCUCACACUAUGUGUCCCACUCAACAUCCUGUCUGCCCCAAACAUGCUGAGGGUGGGCACUUUAGAGAACAUAUUCGUGGAGGCUCAGGAUUACGCUGGAGAAGAUAUCCCUGUAAGGAUCAGAGUGAUGAAUCAUCCACGGAAAACCAUACAGCUGGCAUUCGAAUCGGUGGUCCUCAAUGCUGGAAACAACUACCAGAAACUUGUACCUAUAAAGAUUCCUGAAAAUGAGCUCUUCAGCGCGGAUCCCUUAGAGAAGCAGUACGUGUACCUGCAGGCCCAAUUUCCUCUCACUCUGCUGGAGAAGGUGGUCAUGGUCUCCUUCCAGUCAGGCUACAUAUUCAUCCAGACAGACAAGAGCAUCUACACACCCAAGAGUACAGUUAAAUACAGAGUCUUCUCUAUGACUCCUGAUCUGCAGCCGCUUGACCAGAGUGCAGUCUCUGUUGAAGUCAUAAAUCCUCAAGGAAUCGCUAUUCAUAGAGACACAAUCAGCCCUAAAAAUGGGAUCCUCACUCAGAAGUACGAUAUCCAUGACCUUGCCAGCCCUGGAAUAUGGACUAUAGCAGCAAGGUACAAGAACAUCCCUCAGAAGAACUUCACUGCUGAGUUUGAAGUGAAAGAAUAUGUGCUGCCAACCUUUGAGGUCACCUUAAAUCCAUCGAAGUCUUUCUUCUACGUGGACGAUAAGGACCUUCAAGUGGACAUCACUGCCCAGUAUCUGUUUGGGAACAAAGUGGAAGGAACCGCGUUUGUGGUGUUUGGUGUGAUGCAAGGUGACAGCAAGACCAGCCUACCAGCCUCUUUAAGAAGAGUAACGAUCACUAAUGGAAAGGGACGUGCACAGCUGACUAAAGAGAUGAUCCCAGACGUCGAAAAGCUGGUUGGAAGCUCUUUGUACAUUUCAGUCAGUGUUUUAACAGAUACCGGUAGUGAAAUGGUGGAAGCUCAGAGGAGGGGCAUUCCGAUUGUGACAUCCCCUUAUACCAUCCACUUCAAAAGAACACCCAAAUUCUUCAAACCUGGAAUGCCUUUUGAUGUCACGGUUUACGUGACAAAUCCAGACCAGACACCUGCACAAAAUGUGCCUGUGUUGGUCAGCCCUGAAGGCAUGCAGAGUCAGGAAAGACAAACUAAAGCCAAUGGUCUUGCAAAGGUCACAGUCAACACCCAGGCACAAACCAGGAGUCUACAAAUUACUGUAAAAACCAAUGACCCAGCCAUAUCAAAUGACAGACAGGAUGAAAAGAAAAUGAUUGCCCAAGCCUAUGCUACUAAAGGAGGAUCCAACAAUUACCUUCACAUUGGAAUUGACACUGUAGAAAUGAAUGUUGGUGAGGAAAUUAAAAUUAAUCUCAACAUCAACAAGAGCCCUGGAGACCAAAAUCAGGAUAUCACUUACCUGAUCCUUAGUAAAGGACAGAUUGUCAAAGCAAACAGGUUUAAGAGGAAAGGACAGUUUCUAGUUACUCUGCAUGAAUUUGUCACCAAAGACAUGCUUCCUUCAUUCCGUGUGGUGGCGUAUUACCACGUGGGAGACUCUGAGGUCGUGGCAGAUUCGGUCUGGGUUGAUGUAAAGGACACAUGUAUGGGAACGUUAAAAGUGAAAAUAAAGGAACCCCAGGCAUCAUAUGUACCUGGGGAAAGGUUUGACCUCUUGAUUACUGGAGAUCCUGGUGCCAAGGUUGGUCUUGUAGCUGUGGACAAGGGCAUCUUUGUCCUGAACAAGAACAGACUUACACAGGAGAAGAUUUGGGACAUCGUUGAGAAGCAUGACACUGGCUGUACAGCUGGUAGUGGUAAAGACAGCAUGGGGGUUUUCUAUGAUGCUGGUCUGCUGUUUGAGUCUGACAAAGUGGGAGGCACCAGCUCUAGAACAACACCGGACUGUCCCACUUCACCAAAGAGAAAACGGAGAGCUGAGACUGUUCUACAGAUCACCCAAACACUGACUGGAAAAUACACUGGCAAACAAAAGAAAUGUUGCGCAGAUGGACUGAGGAAGAAUCGGCUGGGCUACACAUGCGAGCGGAGAGCUACGUUCAUCACCGACGGUGCAGAAUGUGUCCAAGCCUUCCUGCACUGCUGCAAGGAGAUGCAAUCACGCAAGCAGGAGGAGGGAGAGGGGGAAAUGCACCUGGCUCGAAGUGAAGAAGAGGACUAUGGAGAUUUUCUUGAUAUUGUGUCACGUACGCGGUUUCCUGAGAGCUGGCUCUGGGAUGACAUAGAGAUACCAAGUGAUAAAACAACCUUCGAGAAAGACAAAAACUAUCUGCAAGACUCCAUCACUACCUGGCAGAUCCUAGCCAUUAGUCUGUCUAAGACCCAUGGUAUCUGUGUGGCUGAUCCCUUGGAAAUGAUAGUUAAAAUGAAUUUCUUUCUGGACCUGAAGUUGCCUUACUCAGCAGUGCGCAAUGAGCAAUUAGAAAUCAAGGCCAUUGUGCACAACUUCUCUAAUAAGAAACAAACGGUGCGUGUGGAAUUCACAGAGACGGAACAUGUUUGCAGCUCGGCCAGCAAGAAGGGCAAGUAUCGUACCACAGUUGUCGUUGGUGCAAUGUCCUCCAGAUCUAUCUCAUAUAUUAUUAUUCCCAUGGAUCUGGGCAACCACUGGAUUGAAGUAAAGGCUAUGUCUCGUGACGGACAUGCUGACGGAGUAAGGAAGGAGCUGAAGGUGGUGUCUGAAGGUGUGUUAAAAACAGUUGAGGAGAAGAAUGUGGAGCUCAACCCCUCUAACGUUCCUGGUGGAGUGCAAGUUGUGCGUGUGAAGAGUGAAGUACCACAAGAUCAAGUCCCAAACACUCCUGCUCAUACAUACAUCACUGUGUCUGGUCAGGAGGUGAGUCAGACAAUCGAGCAGGCCAUCAGUGGUGACUUCAUGGGGCGCCUGAUUGUGCAGCCUUCUGGCUGUGGAGAGCAAGUCAUGAUCCACAUGACCCUGCCCCUUAUCGCCACACACUACCUGGACACCACCAAGCAGUGGGAGGGAGUCGGCAUGGAUCGUCGUGCCGAAGCUGUCAAACACAUCCAGACAGGUUACAAUCUAGAGCUGACUUACCGUAAAGAUGACGGAUCCUUUGCUGCAUGGAAGGACAGACCCAGCAGCACAUGGCUGACGGCGUACGUUGCCAAAGUCUUCGCCAUGGCCAGUGACCUCAUUCCCAUUCAGGAGAAUGUUCUCUGCAGCGCUCUUAAGUGGCUGGUUCUGAAAGGACAGAUGCCAGAUGGCAUGUUUAAAGAACAUGCACCUGUGGUUCAUGGGGAGAUGGUCGGAGAUGUGCAAGGAAAGAAUGCAGAUGCAUCUCUGACAGCAUUUGUCCUGAUUGCUAUGCAAGAAGGAAGUGAACUUUGUGCUGAGUCAGUUAAGAGUAUUCCCGAGAGUAUGAAGAAGGCAAUUGAUUACCUGGAGAGUAGAAUUCCCACUUUGACCAACCCUUAUGCUGUUGCAAUGACCUCCUAUGCCAUGGCCAACGCUGGCAAAUUCAACAAAGAUCUCCUGAUGAAAUAUUCCUCUGAAGACGGUUCUUUCUGGCAAGUUUCUGGAGGUCACCACUUCACCCUGGAGGCCACGGCCUAUGCCCUGCUGGCUCUGGUGAAAGUGAAGGAGUUUGACGCAGCAGGGAAAGCCGUGCACUGGCUCAAUAGGCAGACCAGUCCUUAUGGAAGUAGUGAGACCACACAGGCAACUAUCAUGGUCUUCCAAUCUGUGGCUGAGUACUACAAGCGAGUGAAGAAACUUCAAGAUGUGGACUUGGACGUGGAGGUGGCUGUGAGUGAAAGAAGCAAAUCCAACAGAUGGAUUUUCAAAAGGGACACCUCACACCUCACCCGUUCAGAGAAGGUUAAGCUCAAGCAGGAAUUUAAUGUUACUGCUAAGGGGACUGGUGUGGGAUCUCUCAAAGUAACAACACUGUACUAUGCUAGACCAAUGGAGAGGGAAAGUGACUGCAAAAUGUUUGAUCUCACUGUUCAGAUGCAGAAACAACGUGAUGUUAAAUAUACUGGAGCUAAAGAAAGUUAUCUGCUUACCAUUGAAACCUCCUAUAAGAGUCAAACCAGAGAUGCCGCUAUGUCUAUUUUGGAUAUUGGCCUGCUGACAGGAUUUGUGGUGGAUGAAACUGAUCUCAGUGAUCUAACCACUGGGAGUGACCAAUAUAUUCAGAAGUUUGAGAUAGAUAAACAGCUCUCAGAACGAGGUUCCCUCAUCCUCUACCUAGAUAAGAUAUCUCAGGCUCCAACCAAAGACAGGAUUGCUUUCAGAGUGCACAAGAUCAAUGAAGUGGCUAUGCUUCAACCCGCUGCCAUCACGGUGUAUGAGUACUACUCUCCACGGGAUCGCUGCGUGAAGUUCUACCACCCUUUGAAAAAGGAUGGAACACUUAACAGACUGUGCAAUGAUCAGGAGGGUCUGUGCCAUUGUGCUGAAGAGAACUGCAGCAUCCAAAAGAAAGAGAAAAUCGAAGCAGAAGAUCGGAAGAAAAAAGCAUGUGAAUUUGGCAUGGAUUACGUUUACAGAGUCAAAGUUGUGAAGGCUGACCUGGGCCCAUACACAGACUACUACACCAUGAAGAUUGAACAGGUUCUGAAAGAAGGCAGUGAUGCAGGUGUGGAAGGAGAAGAGAGAACCUUCAUUGGUCACCCUAACUGCAGAGAGCUUUUUGGAAUUGAGGAAGGCAAGGCAUACCUCAUCAUGGGCCGAACUGUUGACCUACCAAAGAUGAACGGAAGGCUGCAGUAUAUCCUGGGCGAGCAGACGUGGAUUGAAUACUGGCCCACAAGCCAAGAAGGUGAAAGUGCUACAUACAAAAACAGUUAUGAAGCACUUACUAAAUUCACUCAGACUCUCUCCUCAAAGGGAUGUACUACAUAAAUACUGCUGAUAUAGUCAGGCGAUGUCAUUUCUUCCAAUUAAGAAAUGUAGAAAAAGCUUACCUCUACUUUUCCUUUUAGCAUGAUUGCAAAAGGUUCUUAUGCUUGAACACUAUAUGAAUUGUUACUAUAAUGCAUUAUAAGUAGUGUUGAUAAAAUGUUAUACUGUCAGUGCCAAAGAAGUCAGUCCCAGCGUAAAGACAAAUACCAAGCUAAUGGUGGUGUACAUUGGGUAAAACACUGAUGGCAGCUCUAGUUUAAACUCUGUCAUUUGAAGCCUGUAAUGUGCUUUACUGUGUAUGUUUUAGUGUUUCAGUAAAUCCUUCAGUAAAUACUUCAACUUGAAGCCUCACUCUUAACACUGGAGGAGGCUUUAGUACAGUACGCUUCACUUUACUUAGAGCAGACAAAUACAACUUAUGAGCUCUUAUAAUUUGUUAUGAUCAGUACUUAUAAUGUAUUAUGUUAACAAUUCAUAAUGCAUAAUAAGCAUGGCUAUAAUGUGUAAUGCAUUUUUAUAAAUAUUUAUAGCCAUGUUUAUAAUGCCUUAUGAAUGCAUUAUAACAUGUUAUGAAUGUGUUUAUAGAUGCUUACAAAGGUGACAUUCAUAGAAAGUGUUACUGAUUGAAUUUUAGGAUGUCUUACCUGGUGUAAAUUACUAUAGAAAACAUCAAAUAAACUUUCCAAAAAGAA